UAUGGUCUUUUGGUCAGCACGUGGUUUGUUUACAAAACAAGGAAAAUUUUGCUCGAGAAGAAAUUUUCCUGGAAAACACAAAGAUGGGAAGGAAGCAGCGUGCAAAGAAUAACAAUGUGAAGCGUGAGAGGUUUGCCGUGAAGGAAUUGGCGAGAUUAAAAAAGUGCUUGGGCCUAAUUGAUGAGAAAGGCAAUGAGAUUUCCAAAGAGAUCAAAGACAUCUCAAUGGUUAGAGAUGCAAAAACCAUCAAAAAGAAAAACAAGGAUUCAAUGCAAGUCGACGGGGAGGAUGAAGCAGUGAAGACGAAAAAGUUAAAGAAGGUGACGAUUGUCAAUGAGAAGACAAACGUGGAGCAUGUGUACAAUGCAAAGACAAUGAAGGAUCAAUUCGGGAACUAUCCAGUGUGGUACAAACGGAGGCUGGAGAAGAAAAAGAAGCACAAGAAGGGCAAUGACAACGGUGCCAAAUCCCGCAAGAGUCGCAAACAAAAUCUCUUCACUGUCACGGAUCCUUAUCAAAAUCUUGAAUAUGAAUAAAAAAAAAUCUUCAAGAGAAAAA